AUGUUCCACUUGAAUUAUUUUUUGCGGAAUGUUACUGGAUCCAAACCCACACAGCACCUCCAGAAUGCCUUGAAAGCGCAACGCCAUUUCGGUUGUAACGCAAAGGAAAAAUUGCGCCGCGUGCUCAUUGUGUCGAAAUUGACGCGCCUAGAGUUUGAAAAGAUCCGCGAGGAACAGCUGAGCGAUGAAUGUCUGGAGCAAAAGAUUCGCGACCGUGGCACCGAUUACGACGCCAUCAAGUACUACCACCAUCUGCAUAAAGACGUCGAACGGAAGGUGGUACGGUCGUUUCAGGAGCGUGGCAUUGAGGUGCAGGUAGUGAACCGUAUUACGAUACACAAGGAUGCACUGCAGUGGGCCGAUCUGAUCGUACCGAUUGGUGGCGAUGGAACGUUUCUGCUCGCCGCCGGACGUGCCAGUCCUUUCUUUCUAUCCAACGGGAAGCGAACGCCUGUCGUUGGGUUUAACUCCGAUCCACGCCGCUCGGAGGGUCGAUUAAUGCUUCCCAAGCAGUACUCAGUGCAGGUGGAUGAAGCGAUCCGGCGUAUCAUAGCGAAAGACUUCCGGUGGAUGCACCGGUCCCGCAUCCGUACCACACUGGUCGGUGCGGCCACAACCGAGCGCCCGUCGCCGAUGGAUUUGCACGAGUUCCACACGCAACCGGUCGAACAUAAGGAGGUGAUGUCGACGGCCCCGAAUGGCAAAAGCCGCAUCCUACCCUAUCUUGCACUUAACGAGGUUUUCAUCGGAGAAAUGCUUUCGGCCCGCGUGUCCCAUCUGCAUCUGCGCAUCGAUAAUUCGGAAGUUACAACCAAAACGAAAAGCUCCGGUCUGUGCGUAAGUACCGGGACUGGUUCUACGUCGUGGCUCACGAGUAUGAACCGGCUUUCGACGAACAACGUGAAAGACCUGCUAGAGAUUGUACGGAGGCGAACUGCAGCCGGUGCCCUAGACACCAUCGAUCCCGAGUCCGUGUCUCAGGAGUAUAACGAUAAUCUAGUGUUUGCGCCCGACGAUCCACGGCUGUGUUACUCGAUACGGGAGCAAAUCUGUGUCGGGGUGUGGCCGAACCCGAAAGGUUUAGAAUCGCGCGGGUUCGCCAAAGAAAUAUUCGUCAAAUCGCGCUGUGUCGAUGCAAGUCUCGUGAUAGAUGGUAGUAUUGCGUACAACUUUAACGAUGGUGCCCGUGCCUUACUGGAAGUGUAUCCGGAAGAUUCACUACUGACGAUCGAUAUGGAUGACUGA